AGACCGUCACUUCCUGUCAGAGCAUCUGACGUGUCUAAAACAGUUUUCCACCGGCUUUGGGUUUUACUCGGGGGAUAUUUAUUAUACGUAUUAUUGUUUUCUGAUUCGUGGUGACAAGAUGCUGGAUUUCUUCACCAUCUUCAGCAAAGGGGGGAUAGUGUUGUGGUGUUUUCAGGGAGCCGGGGUCACUGAGUCUUUCACGGGCCCAGUGAACGCUUUGAUCCGCUCCGUGAUCCUUCAGGAGCGUAGUGGGAACAAUUCGUUUACCCACGAAGCUCUGAAUCUAAAAUACAAGCUGGACAAUGAGUUCGAGCUGAUUUUUGUGGUGGGAUUUCAAAAGAUCCUCACGCUGACGUAUGUGGACAAGUUUAUAAAUGAUGUCCAACGUCACUUUAGGGAUCUUUAUAAAAAUGAACUGGAGCAAAAGGGUGCCAUGAAGCUUCUUAACAACACCUUUGAGUUUGGGGAUGCCUUCAGUGAGCUCCUUAGAAUGGCAGAGGAGAGCAGUAAAAGCCGAAACCCCGUCCCCAUGAGGUCCUUUAAGGACUCCGAGAAAUCCCAGAAAACUGUGAAGUCCAUGAUUGAGACAAAGGGUGGAGACAAGAGCAAGGAACAGGGGGGCAAAAAGAAUAAAAAUGCCAAAAAGGAGGCUCCUGCCGUUGAGCCCGUCAAAGUGGAGCAGGUGAAGACUUCGCCCACUGGCCAGAAGAGCAUAGUGAAUGGUAACCAGGGCUUGACUCCUGAGGAGAUCAUGCAAAGAAAUAGAGAGAAUUUUUUCCGCAAGCGUACGAUGGGACCUUCUGAAAAACAAAACACAAAGUCCCCGAAGCCUCAGAAGCCAAGAGAGAAACAAAACCGUGUUUGGGACAACGCUGGCAGCAGCACCAAGGAGCUGGAUUACAGCGACAAGAACGGAGCUGCUUCUCCUGGUGAUGAUGAGAAGAAUCUGGAGGCACAAACUGGCCCUGAAAUGCAGGUGAGCUCCAUGAAGGGAGACCUGCUGUCUGUGGACUACGAGUCCAGUGAGGAGGGGGAGAUGGAGGAGGAAGAGGAGGAAGAAGAGGGAGUGGCUGUCAGUGAAACAAGCAAGACAAGUCCCAAAAAAAGUGGUGGCUUUGGAGGAAUGUUUGGGAUGUUGAAGGGUCUGGUGGGCUCCAAGAGUCUGUCUCGGGAGGACAUGGAGCCAGUGCUGGAGAAAAUGAGGGACCACCUCAUCGCGAAGAAUGUAGCAGCCGACAUCGCCUCCCAGCUGUGCAACUCUGUCGCCAAAAAGCUGGAGGGGAAAGUCAUGGGCACAUUCACCACUGUGGCCUCAACAGUAAAGCUGGCCCUGCAGGACUCACUGGUGCAGAUCCUGCAGCCGAAGCGCCGGGUGGACAUCCUGAGAGACGUCAUGGAGGCGCAGAGCCAGCGCAGGCCCUUCGUCAUUACCUUUUGUGGCGUCAACGGAGUCGGAAAGUCUACGAACCUGGCAAAGAUCUCGUACUGGCUGAUAGAGAACGGUUUCAGUGUGCUGAUCGCAGCUUGCGAUACGUUUCGUGCCGGAGCGGUGGAGCAGCUCCGCACUCACCAGCGCCGCCUGAACUCUCUGCACCCCCCAGAGAAGCACUCUGGACACACAAUGGUCCAGCUCUACGAGAAGGGCUACGGGAAGGAUGCAGCCGGGAUCGCUAUGGAAGCCAUUUCCUACGCUCGCAACCAGGCUUUUGACGUGGUGCUGGUGGACACGGCUGGGCGGAUGCAGGACAACGCCCCACUGAUGACCGCUCUGGCCAAGCUCAUCRCUGUCAACAUGCCAGAUUUGGUGCUGUUUGUUGGGGAAGCGUUGGUGGGCAACGAGGCAGUCGAUCAGCUGGUGAAGUUUAAUCAGGCUCUGGCUGACCACUCGAUGUCCGACAAGCCCCGCCUCAUAGACGGGAUCGUUCUCACCAAGUUCGACACUAUUGAUGAUAAGGUCGGUGCAGCCAUCUCCAUGACUUACAUCACGGGCCAGCCUAUUGUGUUCGUGGGCACAGGUCAGACCUACAACGACCUGCGCAGCCUCAACGCCCGCGCCGUGGUCGGCGCCCUGAUGAAGGCUUAAACCCGCGGCUGCAUGCUCCGCGUUUUUAGCCGUCGUCUCAAAGAAGCCAACCGCACCUUUUCCGAGCUGCCGUGACAUGUUCCAGGACCGCCACUCUUCCAUGCUCUCGUACUGCCCACCUUCGCAUCAAACGAACGGAACCCGGAGAAGAUUCGACUCUCCAAAGUGCAGGACAGCCGUCGCACCUCGACGUGAACGUUUUUCCCUUUUUAGGGUGUUCUUUGAACUUUUGGGCCAAAUUAAAAGCACCUGAAAUAAGCUGGCAGUAAAUGACAUUUUAGCUGGACCUUGACUGGAUCACCAGUUCCCUGGUGCCCACAGAACAGACUUGUGAUGCAUUUUGUCUCUGUUUCUUCCUCUUUGUGGAACAGGAAGCAACCCGUUUCAGAGGAGAACUCAGCGACCAUAGUGCCUCCCUGUUCUUAUUUAACAAACACAUUACAUCAACAACUGGCCAAUACGGAUCCAGACGUGAAACCCCAUCAAGCAGUAUUUAUCGGGUUAGAAGAUAAAACUGCUAAAAAGAUACAUUUUGGAAUAAAUAUUCUAGUUUCUCUGACUCUGUAAAUCAGAGCAGUACAUUAAACUUUAAAUACACUAUUUAUUACCCUUAUUUUUUUCCCCUCAAUAAAAUUUCAAUAAGCUCUUAGCCUAAAACAGUUUACUGAUUUUUUUGUAAAAUCAAGAUUUUGCUGCUUCAGUUUAACAUUAAAGAGUCAAUUCUGUUUUGUUGGGAUAUAAAUACUAGGAUAUAUGCUCCGGGACCUUUUAAAUUAAUUCCCCCCUUUUGAUUUAUUCUACAUUUAUCAGAACAAAUAAGAUAAAAAACCCUCUAAAAUUGUGGUAGUGCAAUAUGAGACGAAGGGUUGUGCUGACAUUUUCAACUAAUUGAUGAGAAUGUAACCAUUUCUAAAUAAAGCUGCUAUCUGCUAAGCCA